AUGGAUCACAAUCGGAACAAGGCAAUACGCAACGAGCGUAGCAAUAUCCCCAAGCCGCAGGUUUUUGUACAGCUCGCCUUUGGCGUGUCUUGGUCUGAACGACACACCCCACAAAUGCAUUCAAUGACUUACAUGUCUCGCAAUUUGAAGAAUGCGAGGGAUUCUGGUAACUUUCCUCGCCAAGUACCACCGCCGAAUGCGAAUUUCUUAGGGCCCCCGGAAUCGCUCCAGCAACGGAGCCGAGAGCACCCAAGUCGACAUCAUCGUCAACAUAAUCAUAUACAAACCCGAGAGCCCGGACGUUCUCGAGGUCAAAAUGGCCAUCAGCCUCACGACCAGGUAAGGCCUCGGCCAAGGCGGAACUCGCUGGGUGAAUCUCGAGGAGAAAGAGGAAGGUCAGCGCCACCGCUGUUCAGCGACAGUCCGUGGGAUAUUCCUCAUGUAUCGGCCUCUUUAUUUCCGCAGUGUUCACAGAAGGUGGAAGAUCAAUCGUCGAAAGAAUUACCCGCAGUACCCAGUCAAUUCCGCCUUGGUGAGGAAGAGCUGCCAUGGUCUUCAUAUGCAUGGCCUUUUACAGGAGACCCGGAGAAUGUCGAGGACGAGGACGACGAGGAUGAGGACGAGGACGGCCGCAGGGACCUACCGUUUCAAAAUCGCCCUACGACAAUCCCCCUUGCUUCGGAGCGGCCUAGCGGCGAGGACGCGGAUAAAGUUAGGGAGCUUGAGUCGCUAUCGACAGCUAUGAUGACGGUAGACAACGGGUUUGAACAUCAGUGGUGGUACCAAGGGCCUCGGCAGUCUAUGGAACGUUGGUGGACGCGAGCUUCAGAGGAGGAAGAUGAUGCGCGAUCGGCCGUCAGUGCGCAGGCGGUGUUAUUAUCGGACAUACCACCACCGUCGGCCUUAGACCCUGAUGAUAACAACACUCUCCUGAAUUUCAACGAUAUCGUAUCGCCAAUAUCAGAGGCGUCAAGCCCGGCGCCAAAUUUCGCCUAUCCACUUCACAGAUCAUUAACGACAAGAUCGGACGAGUUAUGGUUGGAAAUAUAA